AUGACAAACAAUCCUUUUGGAAGCGGUAUCGUUUGCGAUUUCCUUCUUCCAGCAGACUCGCUGCUGUCCAGAGUCUCGCGGGAGAUCGCCAAGCGCAUGUUGUGCGUGUACCCUAUCUGGAAGGUGCGUAAUCUACAGUUCCAGCUCACCACCGUGCAAAAGAAGCGCAAAGUGGGAGACAACCUCUGGACCGAGGAGGUGGAAGCAGAAGAUACAGGAGUGCAUGACGAGAACACCUACCUCGACAAGCUGCAUACGCUUUUGCUGGCAUAUGCCAUGGCCGGAGUGGAGGCACUGCCUGGCGUGGAUCUAACCAAGUGGGAGCAGCGUCGGUUGAAUUUGUUGGUGCUGGCGUGGUUGCAGGCCAAGGACACCGAAGAGCGUAGCGAGUGGGUUACAAGAUUUCGUGAAAGCACAGACUCUCUGGGGUUGGUCAUCAAGCAAGUCAUGGAGGCGAGAGACGCCCGCUGGACAGUGUCUAGUCCAACCCCAGGCCAUGCUGUCCUGGAGCAGCCCGCGGCAAGCGCAGCAAACAAGGAGCAGCUGGUGAUCCCAGGCCAGUCCAAGUUUCGCGAGGGACCCAUGGUAGCAGGGAAGAAGACAGCAGCCGUGUUGAAAGACGGGACACGCCUAUGCACUGACUUCCAUCGCCAGGCCAUGGAGUCAGAGGACGGCCAGCCAGUAGCAGUGGACCUCAUGUGCGGUGGCAACGCGCCGUUGACGAAGGCAUUGCUGUAUUGUGGCUGGAAGUGCGCCCCGGUGGAUUUGGUGCUCGACCCUAGCCACGAUCUGGCGUCGGCUGAAUGCCAGCCUUUGGUGCAGCAGGCUGUGGAUCAGGCAUGCCUGGUGUUGGCAGCCAUCGAUUGCAGCACCAAGUCUAGAGCAAGGGAGAUUGCUCGAGAUAUAGGGCCACAUCCAGAAGCGCUGAGACCGGCUGGGCGAGACAACGUGGCCUAUAAGUUUGUGCAGCAGCAGGUGGUGGAUCGUGGGGGUGGAGCCUUGCGCGAGAAUCCCCGCAACAGCUUGCAGUGGCAUUUGCCGCAGGAAAAGGCGAUGUUGGCGUCGGGACAAUGGUUCGACACCGAUUACCACGCAUGCUGCUUCAUGGGGGCGCGCCGUAAGGCGCAGCGCCUGCGGCACAAUCUCUGGGAGUUGACCCAGGGGCCGUCGCUGAAGUGCCACCAUACCCACGACCCAGCAGAGUGGACGGUCGGCCGCCGCGAACAUUGGCUGCAGUUGGAUCUGCGAGCGUUGCGCGAGUGGGCCAUGGCGCCGCUGGCCAUCUCCUUAGGGCUCAAGCCACUCGACCCGGGGGAGGCGGCGCGCGUACCGCGCCGAACAGAGGUACAGUCGGUCCUGCAGCCCGACAAGACCCUGCCGGCGGACCACGUGUAUGUGGGCUGCCAGUCUCUCGAGGGUCGAGUGUUGGCCUGCGACUGUCCCCUGUCCCAAGCCUGCGAAGCGGAUGUGUUGGCAGCGAGCGCAGGAUGCCGGGACGGCCGGGGCGCAGAUGCAGUGACCAGCGCAUUCAAGUCCCUCUUCUCGCCAAACCUCCUUCAAGAUUUCCGCUUGUCUUUGGUUGAGGACCUCAUCAACAGUCCGCUCUUCACCUCUUUUCCGCAGUGGUGUCGAGCGCAGGAUCUGCCGUGGGACGGCCCCCUGCUGCCGCAGAUGGUCAGUGCCCAGCAGAGGCAGUGGCAGCGGAAUGCGCAGCAUCAGCAAGCAGGUGGUAUGGCGCACAGAGCUGCCCUGCCCCCAGUGCUGCCUUUCGGCCUGCGCCCUGACGAGCAUUUUGAUUUGGCCAGGGACCUGGCCCACUACCCUACCCCAUUUGAGGCCGAACCCGUUCUCGAUCUCGAUCUGCAGUUUGCUGCGGAGGUGACUCUCCGACAGUCGCGGCGGGGUUCCAGGCCGAUAGGCCCGGACGAGAUCUUUCAAGAUGUGGAGGCCCGCAACAGCCGUAUCCAAGCCAGUCUGCGACCAGGAAAGGACGACACCUUCCUUUUAGCUCAAAGCUUGAAGGAUGCUGAGAACGGCUUCUGUUCUAAGCCGCUGCAGUAUCCGGAGCUACUGAGAGCGGUCAGGGGAGAGCAGUUUCGUCUAAUCCCCAGAUGCGCUAUUACGCAAAGCAGUGGCAAACAAAGGGUGAUUGACAACGCCGAUGCUGGAGGCCAGUCGGAGCUUAGCUCAGAUCCUAAUAAGUUGGUCCUGUGCUCACCGUUGAGGUCCGCUCAGCAUGCAGCCGUUCUCUUGCGUCAGUUGUCUACCUCCGAGUUGGAGGAAGCCCAGCGAGUUGAUGCGCUGGAGGGCGGGGGUGAGGAUUGGCCCGACGCUUAUCGCCGCUGCCCCAUGUCCCAUCGGGCGAGUUUGGCAUGUGUGGUGGUCUGGUGGCAUCAGGAAUGGUGCCAACCCGCUUACCAGCUCUACUCUGGAUUGCUGUUUGGCCUCCCGUUAGCUGUCACUAGCGUCAAUCGCUACAGCCGUGCCGUCGAAGCAUUGGGGCGUAGAUUGCUCGGCAUCCUCGUCUCCCUCUAUUUCGACGAUUCCCACUUGACAGAUUGGCAGUUAUCCAGAGGAUCGGGGCAAGCGGCCUUUUCCGAGCUGAACUCUAUGUUGGGCUCCCCCUUUGCACUAGAUAAGCGGCAAGCGAUGGCACCAACAGGCACAUUUCUAGGCCUCGAUUUUGACUUUUCCCAGGCCUUGCAAAGUGGGCGCGUCAAGUUCUUUGUGCGUGAGCGUCUGCUGCAGAAGGUACAGGAUAUGGUAGCAACUAGCCUCUCGUCCGGGUUGCUCUCUGCAGGCCAGGCAUCCAAGCUGUAUGGUACGUGCAACUUCUUGGAGCAGGGCAUGUGCGGGAGAAUGAUCUUAGCGGUGUUGGCAGUGCGACCAGAGCGCGAAUUUGAUCUCUUCCCUCGGCCACUUCCAAGGUUUCUUGCUGCGAGCGACGCAGCCGAAGACGUGCCGGGGCAAGGGACUGGAGGCUUCCACAUCGUUUGGUUGGACGAGCCAGAGAAGCGCGAGAGCUUCGCAGCUGUAGUUAACUCAGAGCUCUACGCCUUGUUCGCACCAGGCGAGCAUAAGAUCGCCCAGUUGGAAUUGGCCAUGGUUUUCUACGGGCUGGUGGUGCGUGCCGAAUCUUUCCGGGGAAGGCGCGGCUAUUGGUACAUUGACAACGUGGCAGCGCUUAUGGCGCUUAUCCGAGGGCGCUCAAGCUCGCCGGACCUUGAACGCCUAGCCCACCUCAUACAUGUGGCCUUGUUCACUCUUCGAACAUCCAUUUUCUGGGAAUAUGUUCCCUCCAAGAGUAGCUGGGCGGACGCGGUGAGCCGUGUAGGACUCUGCGAUCCAUGGUUACACCGGAGGGGUUUUUCCCCUAGUGUGGCUACCUUUCCCACAAUUCUUUGGUCUCUACCAUUCAGCGCAGUGUCGACAGUCUUCCUUUUCCUGUGA